CGUGAGACGGCUGGAGGAGGGGCGGCCCGGGAGCUGCUUGGGGCCAAGCAGAUCCGAAUCCUGGGAGGAGGGGGCCAGUAUGUGUGCCUCGGUCAAGUACAGCACAAGGGGUCCAGUCCUGAUCCCCAGGAUGAAGUCCAAGCACCGCGUUUACUACAUCGCCCUCUUCUCUGUGGUGCUGCUGGGACUUAUUGCCACGGGCAUGUUUCAGUUCUGGCCGCACACUAUCGAGACUUCCAGUGAUUGGACGGUGGAUAAGAGAAGCGUUCAUGACGUGCCAUUGGUCAGACUCUCGUCGGACAGUCCAAUCCCAGAGAGGGGAGACUUAAGCUGCAGGAUGCACACCUGCUUUGACGUAUAUCGCUGCGGAUACAACCCCAAGAACAAGGUGAAGGUGUACAUCUACCCGCUGCAGAAAUACACAGACGAGUACAGCGUGACGGUGGGGGGCACCAUCUCCCGGGAGUACAACCAGCUUCUCAGUGCCGUCUCCCAGAGCGACUUCUACACAGAAGAUGUGAGCAGGGCCUGUCUCUUUCUGCCCUCCAUCGAUGUUCUCAACCAAGACAGUCUGCGUAUUAAAGAGACGGCACAAGCGAUGGCACAGCUAACCAGGUGGGACCGAGGUAUCAACCACCUACUAUUUAACAUGCUUCCUGGUGGACCCCCAGAUUAUAACACUGCUCUAGAUGUCCCCCGAGACAGAGCCUUGUUGGCCGGAGGAGGAUUUUCGACGUGGACCUACCGGCAGGGUUAUGACGUCAGUAUCCCAGUGUACAGCUCCCUGUCUGCAGAGGUGAACCUACCUGAGAAAGCCCCUGGCACCCGAACCCACUUCCUCCUGUCCUCCCAGACUUCUUUGCACCCAGAGUUCCGCUCAGAGCUGGAAGCCAUCCGGGCAGAGAAUGGAGAAUCGGUGCUGAUCUUGGAAAAGUGCAGCAAUUAUUCUGACUGUGCCGCGGCUCUCCGCAAGCGCUGCUACAAGAACACGGUGUACGACUACCCGCAGGUCCUCCAGGAAUCCACCUUCUGUAUAGUCCUGCGAGGGGCUCGGCUGGGGCAGGGGCUUCUCAGUGACGUCCUGCAGGCUGGUUGUGUGCCCGUUAUUAUCGCAGAUUCCUAUGUGCUUCCCUUCUCUGAGGUCCUGGAUUGGAAAAGAGCGUCGGUGGUGAUACCAGAAGAGAAGAUGUUUGAGAUGUACAGCAUUCUACAGGGAAUUCCUCAGCGGCAAGUGGAAGAGAUGCAGCGUCAGGCUCGCUGGUUCUGGGAAGGGUAUUUCAGCUCCAUGAAAUCCAUCGCUUUGGCGACCCUUCAGAUUAUUAACGACCGCAUCUACCCCUACGCCGCUCGCUCAUACGAAGAGUGGAACGACCCGCCCUCUGUGCAAAGGAGCAGUGUAAACAACCCUCUCUUCCUGCCGAUCAUCCCCCCUCAGUCCCAGGGGUUCACCGCCGUGGUGCUGACGUACGACCGGGUCGAAAGCUUGUUCCGUGUCAUCACCGAAAUCUCCAAGGUCCCAAGUCUGUCCAAGCUGCUAGUGGUGUGGAAUAAUCAGAAUAAAAACCCUCCCGAAGCUUCUGUUUGGCCAAAGAUCCGGGUUCCAUUGAAAGUCGUGAGGACCACUGAGAACAAGCUGAGCAACCGCUUCUUCCCUUACAGUGAAAUUGAGACAGAAGCCGUUCUGGCUAUUGACGAUGACAUCAUCAUGCUGACAUCAGAUGAGCUUCAGUUUGGUUACGAGGUAUGGCGGGAGUUUCCAGACAGGUUGGUGGGAUACCCGGGCCGGCUGCACCUGUGGGAUCAUGAAAUGAGCAAGUGGAAAUAUGAAUCCGAGUGGACAAACGAGGUGUCGAUGGUUCUGACGGGUGCAGCUUUCUACCACAAGUACUUCAACUACCUGUACACCUACAAGAUGCCCGGGGACAUCAAGAACUGGGUCGACGCCCACAUGAACUGCGAAGAUAUCGCCAUGAACUUCUUAGUGGCCAACGUGACAGGCAAGGCACCUAUUAAGGUGACUCCGAGAAAGAAGUUCAAGUGCCCAGAAUGCACGGCCAUCGAUGGGCUGUCACUGGAUCAGACGCACAUGGUGGAGAGAUCUGAAUGUAUCAACAAGUUUGCGUCGGUUUUCGGCACCAUGCCCCUGAAGGUGGUGGAGCACCGUGCUGACCCCGUGCUGUACAAGGACGACUUCCCAGAGAAGCUGAAGAGUUUCCCCAACAUCGGCAGCCUGUGAGAAUGUCGCCGAGCAACCGCGUCUUCACUUUGCGGCACUGCUGCACCGUCACCCUGGCCCCUAGUCUUUCCAUUUCACACGUUUUAUUGGUGAUUUUAACACGUCUCUCCUAGCUGCUCUCUCUACUUAUUAUGGUCGGACUUGUUAUAGGGAUAAGAUAAACCUACAACGUGUUUUAUAUUAAAUACCUGCCGGCAACCAAUUAGAAUCCACUGAGAAUAUCGCAGAGCCUUUAUUGGACACCGUGUCAUGGGAAUAUAUAAUAUAUUCAUCUAUAUAACUGCUCAUUACAAGCAGAAACACAAUGAGCUUGAUAUAGAAACGGCUGCCGGUCGCCAUGUUUAUUUUCCCAGAAUUCCACUUUCUCACAUAGUGGUGACUGUCUCCCACGUAAGUGACCGGUCUCAGCCAAUCAUAUAUUUGCUUUCACUCAUAAGACGCAGCUGAUUGGUGGAGCUCAUACCCCCUACUAUACACUCACCCACACCCGCAUCUUUCAGGGACUCUUUCUCAUAGAUGUGCAUUUCGUUCUCUUUUAUAUUGGUCAUGUUUUUAUAUUAUUAUGUUUUUUUUAGCAUUUUAAAUAUUUUUUUUUAAAGAUUUCCCUUUCACCUAUAGAUCUUUAUAUUAUUUAAUGUUGUUUUUUUUUUUAAUGAAUAGGAACUCGCAGUGCUAAUGGGGGGGUAGACUUUACCUGAAUUCUGUAACCUCAACCAUUCCCGUGAGGUUUCUCUAGGUGGUCUCACCUCCCCUGCCCAGUUCAACCCCCAGUUAAAGGGGUGGCUCACCUUUAAUUUAACUUUUAAUUAGGGAUGCACCAAAUCCAGGAUUCGUUUCAGAAUUCUGCCUUUUUCAGCAGGAUUCAGUCAAAUCCUUCUGCCCGGCCAAACCAAAUCCUAAUUUGCAUAUGCAAAUUAAGGGGUGGGAGGGAAAUUUCGUGAUUUUUUUCCUCUUCCCACCUCUAAUUUGCAUAUGCAAAUUCGGAUUUGGUUCGGGCGAACCUUUUGUGAAGGAUUUUGGAUUUAGUGGAUUCAGUGCAUUCCUACUUUUACUAUGUUAUAAAUUGGAUAAUUCUAAGUAAA